AUGGCGCUAUGGCGGAAUGUUCGCCUGGGUGUGUCUGCGUACCUGCGGAAUCGUCAAAUGAACCUCUAUCCACGUCAGCACGACGCACGGAGAGGCGUGGCGAACCAAGACAGUUUCCACCUGACAUGCCGUGAAGCCACACACAGUGACCACGACGCCGUCAUGAACAUAGCGUCAGUAGACACAUUCCGGGACGGGUUCGACUACCUGCCCGCCAAGUUUCACCAAUGGGUGGACGAUCCGGACGUCAAAAUGUUAGUAGGCGAAGCUGACGACAAAGUGCUUGGCAUGUAUGUGAGCAUUAUAACUGACGGUGGUGCAAAUCUGCUGAGCAAAACAAUCCGGAUAGCUCCAGAACUGCAGGGGAAGAAGUUCACGACGAAACUGAUUGUUGAACUUCAUAAAGCUCUACAGCUGCGUUAUCCGGGGCUGCUGCAACUGGAGCAACGUAACCUGGUGGAUGUCGAGCGUCCCUACCUUAAGAAAUACUUUUCAAACGAUGUCAUGUACUUCCAAGGCAAGUCUAACGAAGUGCUGGAUAGUUUACGUUUGGAAACCAAGGACGUUCUUCCAUCUCCUCCACACCCACCAGUGGUGCCCUACCAACCUUCCGACAUGGCGCGGCUGGCAGAGCUUGUCAUGAGUACGAAGGGAUGA